AACCGAGAAUCAUUGUAGCGGAGGCUUUAUAGUGCACGGACAUUUUCAUUGUCGGACUCUACGCGCAGCGCUUUUUAGGUUAUGCGUCACACGAUUGUCCCACGAAUGUUUCGAGGAAUUUGCGUAAUUUCACGGAUGUUCAACUUAAUCCUUAAUUCUAACAGGCUGGCUCCUAUUAUGUCUCCUAUUAUGUAACAACUCGCACUCUCGCGCAAGUAUCAUCGAUUAGAAAAUCUUCGCAGUCCGGAAUGAUGACGCUACGUUUGUUUGACAGCCAGUUUCGUGAAAUGCGGCCACAUCUUGCGUGACACAUCAUGUUCCCGCUACUAAUUAAUACGAUUCUAUCUAAGGUAUUCCCCCUUAAAUUGUUCUUCUAGUGUGCUGGUUUCCUCUUUAAUUUGUUAUUUUAUAUCAUAUGGUUUCAGUUUACUUGAGAAGGGCUCGAAACGGAGCCGAAACGUUGUAAAUAAAUAAAUAUAUUGUCAGUUUGGUUGACGUACAUCCAAGUAUUUUUAUCUCCUUUAAAUGAUUUAAAUUUUUUAAUUUACUGUAAAAAAAAGUGAGAACAAGCGUCCAUAGGCAAAUGGCCCAAUUUUUUUCCCCAUUCAUUCUUGGUCCCAAAGCAGGUACCAAACAAAAGGUCUCGUCAAGCUGAUUACAGAUAUGUCAGUCUCGAAGUGUAUCUGCUUAAUCCAGAGAUAUCGGGCUCCAAAGGUUCCAUCCCAUUCCAAACAAAUGGUUAGUGUCCGUCCAGACGGCUUUAUCGCUUACGUCCUGGGAAUUUUUGGAGCCCGAUAUCUCAGAAACGUUAAAUAGGUACACUUUGAGACUGACGCCUGCGAUUAUCUUGACGAGACCUUUCGUCCUGCUUUCUGUGACCAAAAUCGAAUGCGGUAAAAAUGGGGCCGAUCUUGUUCUCACUCUUUAUCUCGGCCUGGGGCGAGACCUGCCCUGGGCCUGCCUAGUGAGAGGGAGGUUCAGGUUCAAACCCUGGCUGAGGAAAAUGUUUCGCAGUAAACUUGAAAAUAAAAAUUAUUUGGACACUAACAUCCUGUCUUGACUCUUAUAUCCUUUAGUACUUGGUAUUAAUAACAUUGGUGUUGUGCAACUAUUGUUGUUCACCAGGAUUACUCGAGCCUGGAUGCCGUGCCGAACGUGUGCGCGGCGAACGGCGAGAUGGAAAGCUACGAUUAUCUGAGAGAUUGCAUCAGCAGUCUCGAAAGUAAGAACCCCGCCGGGGUUGGCCUGACGGUGGCCGCUCCCACAAAUGCUACGGAUAUCGUUUUACGGGGGGACGACUUGGACGACGUUAAUUUAAGCGGCAUUGAUUUUAUGAAGAUUGAAAGCCUGCUCCUGCAGAGCACCGAGGAGCCCGCAAAGGAGGAAAGGGCGAAGGACGGGUCGACGGAUGCCGGUGUUCCACCCUCGAUUCGACAUUUCAACACGGCGAGCCUAGACUUUCCGAAUUUCCCAAAUUGUUCGAGCAAAGAAUCGGACAAUGCGGCGACGACCGUUAAUACCAACGAAUCCUAUACAUUCGGCAAGGAUAUUCAAUGUUUAGAAAGAAAGAAAAUGGAAAACUACAAUUGUUCUGCCGAAACUUAUGCAGAGAAUUGUACAGAUACGAAUUCUAAUAUUAAUAGAGACGACAGUUGUUUAAGUCAAAGUAUCACCUCUGACUCGGGACGGGAAGUAAGAAUUGAUAAUCUGCAGUUGGCGGAUGGAGAGGAGCCGAUUCAAAAGUGCGAGCAGUGCCUAAUGACGUUCCGAUAUAAGAGGCAUCUGGAUCGGCAUUUGGAGGGCCAUCAGAAAAACAACUGUCCCCACUGUAAUGAGAAAUUUGCCAGGCGAAAGCACCUGGAGGUCCACCUGUUUCGCGCGCACGGGGAGAGGGUGGCCGGGCAUCCUCACUUGUGCGACGUAUGCCCGAAGAGCUUUCCCAAACGCGCCCUUCUGAAUCGUCAUAGGGCGAAGCACAGCUAUCAGAGCGGUAAGGUGUGUUCGGAGUGUGGAGAUAUGAUGAGUGCGGACGCGGACGAGAAGGAGCACCAGGAGAAUCACUGUAGGAAGAGACGAUUCAAGUGCCAGCAAUGUUUGCAGACGUUCAGUAUCGAACAGACGUAUCUGUCCCACAUUCAGAACCACGACAACUACAAGUGUCCACGCUGUGAUGUUGCUUUCGCGUCGAAGAAGAAGGCGCGCGAACACUUUAAGGCGGUUCACGUUCCAAAAUCAAGCGAGCACGAGUCGACAAAUGGUCCAUAUUUUUGUGCCGAUUGCAGACACACGUUCGCGAAGAAAGACGACUAUUUUCGACACUUGCAGUCCGCGUUACAUCUCAAUAAAGUCAACAGAGAUAUACCUGUAGGGGCUGUGUUUCCCUGUGCGAUCUGUUCGAAAAAAUUAAUCACACAGAGAGCCCUGGAUCAGCACGUCAGACGCAUUCACAAGGGUGCAAAGCGAUUCGCCUGUAAUAUAUACGGGUGUACGUUUCAGUGUGCCAGGAGGACGGAUCUAGAUAGGCACAAGCAACUGCAUGUGGAAGAGCGGAAUGUCGUGUGCGAGCAUUGCGGUAAGACGUUCACCAGCGUCAGCAUUCUUAAGGAUCACGUACUUUACAUUCACAGUAAGGAGCGACAGUUUAUAUGCGAGGAGUGCGGCAAGGCGUUUAAGCGAAAUAGUUUACUGAAGAGACAUAAAUUGUCGCACGAACAGCAUCGACCGUUCGCCUGUAUGCAAUGUAGUACCGCGUUCAAACGCUCGCAUCAUCUUACUCGUCACAUGGAAACCUGUCACCGAAUUACGCUGGAAAAGAAGAAGAAGGUGAUGAAGCUUAUGAAAACCAAAGAUGGACAUCUUGUGCCAAUGCCAGAUAAACCAGUCAGACCAGAAACUAAUAAAAUAAAAGUCGGAAAAGGACGGGAAUCAACUUCGAAGAACAAAGAGAGAGAUUGUUCGGUCGCAAAUGUAAAGAAACCGGCUGUAAAUGUCAAUUCGCAACUUCAAAUACAGCCAUUGUUAAAUCCCGAGGAAGGUCCCGAAUGCCCUAACUUGUCAUUAGGACUUACAAAUUCAUCUGUCGACGAUUCUAUUCCACAAGUUCUUUCGUUAGUAGAUGUAAACACGGGACAGGUACUUACCGUAGAAAUUACCAAUAAUUUGGAAUUGUUACCUACUAAUGAACUCGUUGAUCAGUUUGGCAUAAAUUGCAACGAAAUAUUGAAUUUGCCGGAUUAUCAAGAUAUAGAAUUUCAAAAUAGUCUUUUAAACACUGAUCAAAUGUACCAUGACAAUACAAUUUAUUCGGAGAUAUCGUUGGAAAAUAUUGAAGGUUUGUUUCCGCUUGUAAACAAUAACAGUAAAAUGGAAACGAUAGAAAGCUAUUUAACUCAUGAAUUUCCAGCAUUUCUUAAUAUUUGAAAAUUUAUAGUAUGAAAUAUAUUUGUUAAACUGUCAUCACGUUUGCGCAAAUUA